AUGCCAUCAAGUAUAGAUACAGAAAGCCUGCCACUUAUAAACCGUGGUCGGGAUGCCGUCCGUCGGGUUUCAUCCGUCUGGGUUGGAUUUCGAGACUUUGCUCUUCGCGACAAUGUCCUCGAGGUCGCCGUCGGUCUCAUUGUCGCCUCUGCCUUUACUUCUGUCGUCAACUCUCUUGUCGCUGAUAUCAUUCUACCCCCGGUAUCCCUUAUGUGGCAGCAGAGUCUUGCCGAAAACUUCAUCGUCUUAAAGCAAGGUCAUAAUACAACUACCCAUUACAAUACUUUUCAGCAGGCACAAGACGAUGGAGCUAUCACUUGGAAUUACGGACACUUUCUAGAGAAGUUUAUUCAGUUCAUGCUACUUGGUGUUACGCUUUACGCUCUUGCCAAGUUUUACUCUCUAUUCUCAAGCGAAGCUAUUAUCAAGUAUCAGACUAAGUGUCCGGCCUGCAGGAAGGAUAUUUCGGCGAAUGCGAAAAGAUGUCCCUUUUGCACCAGCUGGCAGGAUGGAAGCGACCUGAACGGUCAUUAG